AAUAAGUAUCUCCUUCCAAAUCAAUUUACACAUUAAGAGGAUUCAGGUGAAAAAAAAAAUGGGAUCUGAGAGCGAAGUGAAGCUUCCAAUUAUUGACUUCUCAACUGAGAACUUGGAAUCCAAUGUUGAAGAGUGGGAGUCAGUGAAAUCCAAAGUUCACAAAGCACUCGUAGAGUAUGGUUGCUUUGAGGCUGUGUUUGAUAAAGUCCCUUUUCAUUUUCGAAAAGCCAUAUUUCUUGAAGUGGAUGAGCUAUUCAAUCUUCCUUUAGAAACCAAGAAAAGAGCCGUCUCAAGUAAACCAUAUCGUGGUUAUGUUGGUCCUAUUCAUCUCUAUGAGAGCAUCGGAAUUGACGAUGCUGAUGUUCAUGAGAAAGUCGAAACUUUGAUCAACAUCUUAUGGCCACAAGGAAAACCAAGUUUUAGCAAAAAUCUGCAACUCUUGUCUGAGAAAGUGGCAAGGUUGGAUGAGAUGAUAAGGAAGAUGUGUUUGGAGAGUUUAGGUGUUGAAAAGUAUUUGGAUGAGCACAUGAACUCCACAUAUUACCUUGCACGGCUUAUCAAGUACAAAGCCCCUCAAACUGAUGAACCAGAAGUUGCCAUAUCAGAGCACACUGAUAAGAACAUAUUGACCAUAUUAUGUCAGAAUCAAAUUGAUGGUUUGGAGAUACAGACCAAAAGUGGAGAGUGGAUCAAAUUCAAGCCCUCAACGUCAAACAGUUUCGUUGUUGUCACUGGGGACACAUUUUAUGCAUGGACUAAUGGGAGGGUGCAUACACCGAUUCACAGAGUGAUGAUGACUGGAAAUGAAAGAAGAUUGACCAUUGGAUUGUUCACAGUUCCAAAACCAGGGUUCAUAAUAAAGGCCCCAGAUGAGCUUGUGACAGAAGAGCACCCUUUGCUUUUCAAGCCCUUUGUCCAGAGUGAGUUCAUGAAGUUUCUUCUCUCUUCUGAGAAUACAAAAAAUGCUCUCAAGGUUUAUUGUGGAGUUUGAGGUUUGAUCCAUGGCAGCAACUGCUCCUUCUGUGCAAUCUCCUUAUUUUCAUGAAAGUUUGUAAAAUCUGCAUAAGUUUUGCAAUAUGGUGUGCUGUGUAUGAACCUCUUUUCUGCAAUAUGGUGUGUGUAACUUUAUCUGAAUAAAAGAACAAAAUAAAUCUUUAAAA